ACAAUGCCUUGAGAAAUAAGGUAGAGAAAGAGAAGAAAGCAGACUUCAAGUCUCGACACAAAUUGUUUGAUUGCCUAACUAUAUAUGGUUUUGAGAAGCACUUUCAGCAAGCCUACACUAAUGCGAAAUUCAAAGAAGUUCAAGGAGAGUUGAAGAGAUCAGUUUACUGUCAGGCGGUGAUUGUGAAAGAGGAGGGAUCAAUUUGUACAUAUAAUGUCCAAGAAGCGAUGGUAGUUUGUGAGAAGAUGAAGCAUGUGGACUUUGUUGUCUAUUUUAAUUCAACUGAAUGUGAAGUUCAAUGCAUUUGUCGGUUGUUUGAGUUUAGAGGCAUUAUGUGUGCUCACUCACUCGCUGUGCUUGUCAGAAGAUGCAUAAAUGAGGUGCCAAGUAAAUACAUUUUGCCCCGGUGGAGAAAAGAUGUGGAUAGAGAAUACGCAUGCAUCAAAACAACAUACACCGGCUUUGGGAAUGAUUUCAAUGCAAGUACCUAUGAGAGGAUGAACAAAAAAUUGAUUGCCAUUGUACAACUUGUUGGUAACUCUGAAGGCAAAACUAGAAUUUUAGACCUCGGGUUGGAUGAAAUCAAGGAGAGAGUAAUGAAAGAAGAAUCCGGUGAUGGGAGUAAUUUACCAUGUUCAACAAAAAGUCCGAUUCACACCGGUUCUACACAAGGACGUACUAGUAGGAAGGUGAUUAGUCCUUUGGUUGCUCGGCGAAGAGGUCGUCCAGUUACGAAACGGAAGGUUGCCAAAGUAGAUCAAAUUGUUAAUCGGUUCAAGGCAACGGCAAAAAAACAAACAAAAGCAAAGGCUGCUAAGUUGCUUCGAUUUGAAGCUCAAGCUCAAGCUCAAGCUCAAGCAUAUACACCGUAUUAUCCUUAUAUGGUUGGCACAGAAAAUAGUAUGUAUAUACCGGUGGCCCAUGGUAUUGGAGGCACGUCUCUUACUCCAUUGGACUUCAUAAGUGGCACACAGGGAAGUUUGAUGAGUGCUCCAACUCAGAUUUGUGGUUCUGCAUCUCUAACCCCAUCAGCUUCUCAUGCAUGCACACCAGGAAGCUUGGAUAUUACAGACUUGUUUGACUAG